AUGACGACAGAAAGCACAAGCACACCGUCUCAUCCCUCCGGGCUCCCGGGCCACUCCUCCUCCUCCGGCCCUGGCUCUCUGGCCUCUCACUUUCCCAAUCGUGAGCUCGCCCUCUCCUCUCUCGCCGUCCACGCAGACGACUACAUCAAUUCGCACCGCGCCGUCGCGCCCCCGUUGCACACGUCCACCACCUUCCGGUACAAUGACAACCCUGACCUCCUCCGGUCGUGGGACAACGCCGACCCAGCCGCCCCCUUUGACUCGCACGUCUACAGCCGCGCCACGGCGCCCAACACGACGCGCCUCGAGGCUCUCCUGUCCGCCCUACUCGGCGGGCCCGCCAUCACCUAUGCCAGCGGCCUGGCUGCCUUCCACGCCCUGCUGGUCUUCCUCAACCCACGCCGCGUCGCCAUCAGUGGCGGCUAUCACGGCUGCCACGGCGUCGUCCGCCUCAUGUCUAAGCUCACGGGCCUGGAGCAGCUCGAGCUCGAAGACCCGGCCCAGCUGGCCCUCCUCAAGCCUGGCGACGUCAUUCACGUCGAGACCCCGCUCAACCCGACCGGUGAGGCCCGCGACCUCGAGCACUACGCCCGCCGUGCCCGUGAGCUGGGCUGCUACCUCACCGUCGACGCCACCUUUGCGCCCCCGCCCCUGCUCGACCCCUUCCGUUUCGGCGCCGACGUCAUCAUGCACAGCGGCACCAAGUACAUCGGUGGCCACAGCGACAUGCUCUGCGGCGUACUUGCCGUGCGUCCGGACCGCGCGCGUGAUGACGGCUGGGCCAAGGGCCUCCUGGACGAGCGGGUGUUCCUGGGCAGCGUGAUGGGCAGCCUGGAGGGCUGGCUGGGCGUGCGCAGUCUGCGGACGCUCGAGGUCCGUGUCGAGAGACAGAGCCACAGUGCCACGCAGCUGGUGGCGUGGCUCGACGCCGAGACGCGGCGGGAUGGCCAGGACGGCGGGGGCGUCGUAGCGCGCCUAGUCGACAAAGUCCAGCACGCCAGCCUGCAGCCCGAGGCGGCAGUCGAGGGGAGCUGGCUGCGGAGACAGAUGCCGCGGGGUUGGGGCCCCGUCUUCACCAUCGUCAUGAAGAGGGACGACGACGCACGCCGGCUGCCGAGCAAGCUGCACCUGUUUCACCACGCCACGAGCCUGGGCGGCGUCGAGAGCCUGAUCGAGUGGCGGGCCAUGUCAGACACGAGCAUGGCCAAAACCGUGUUGCGGGUGAGUAUCGGGGUCGAGGCGUGGGAGGAUCUGCGGGAGGAUCUUUUGCAGGGCUUCAAGGCGCUCCUGGGCGAGAACAGCACGUUCUCAGAAACUUCAUGAUCUGCCCGUUCAGCAGCAGGUUGGUAAGACCCUGCCUCAAUCGGCCCGCCAUCUCUUUCCGAGGAAAGUCGGUUUGCCGGCUUGUUUUACGACAUCAGGAGGAGAUAUGCACAAUGCAAGGGAGGCUGCAGGGCUGCCACUUGAAGAACGGUUGCGUGGCCUUUUCAGAAAUCAUUGUAUGUCGCUAACGCUUAAAGUGAGAGAUAUAGUUAGAUCAUCUAGAAGGACUAUGCUUAG